AUGCCCGUCAUCACCACAAAGGAGCCGGCCUCGGCCGUCGCCAAGGCCCUCCAAGCCGAAGCCAGCAACGCCAAGCCAGCGUACCUCGUCGUCUACGCCUCGCACCGCAACGGGCGGUCGUGGUGCGGCGACUGCACCGCCGCGGAGCCGUACAUUGAGAAGAAGUUUAGCGGCAGUGAGGAUACCGUCCGGGUCGUCUAUGCGGGGUUGCCCGAUGAGUGGAGAACAAAAGAGAACCCGUGGAGACAGGUGCCGUUCAACGUUACCAACCUGCCGACCCUCAUCAAGGUCUCGGGAGACAAGAAGUGGGAGAAGCUGGUCGAAGCGGACGUCUACGACCAGAAGAAGCUCGACGCUUUUGUCGGCGGCGGCAACAGCCGUCUGUGA